UGUCUCGAUUUCUCCGCCCCCUUUUCCAAAUGCUGUUCACCUGCCAUUGCUUCUAAAUGCCCCGUCACCUUCGUCAUUUCCAAUGCUCCGUUCCCGUCUCCUUCAUUUUCCUUCCUCCCAAAUACCCCCUACUCCAUUGAUUGAUCUCUCCACCAUCUAAUACCCAUUUGAGUUUGCCUCGGUUUUCCAUCACAGAGAUUCACCAUGCCUCCCAUGAAGCUCAAGCAAUCUCCCUCGCCGCAAACCCUAGCCACAUCACAGGAUGCGCGGUUGCUUGCUCGAGAAACGCUGCGCAUCAGCGCGAGUCUUGCUUCAUCGCCGGCGCCGUCCGCGGUUGCGUCGUCUCCGGAAGCUCGUAACCUUGGGAUUGUGGAUGAGCAGUUCGUGGACGCGAGUCUGAGGUUGAUUUGCUGCGAGGAGAUCAAUGGGCGGCGGUGGAACUACGUGGUUGAUAACGAGGGCGGCAAUGGUCAGGGCAGAAACGGCUCUCUGCGCGCCGUCUGCUCGCAGACUCCUCAGGCUCCGGUUGAUGAGUUGAUGUCAUUCAUAAGAUCCUAUGUGGUGCCCGAGGGAUUCCCGGAUAGUGUUACUCCUUCAUAUGUGCCAUACAUGUCAUGGAGAGCUUUAAAGCACUUCUUUGGCGGAGCAAUGGGUGUUUUCACAACACAAACACUUCUGAAUUCAGUUGGAGUUUCUAGAAACCGAUCUGCUCCUGGGGCUGUUGCUAUCAACUGGAUUCUCAAGGAUGGUGCUGGUCGUGUUGGGAAAAUGCUUUUUGCCCGGCAAGGGAAGAAGUUUGAUUAUGAUCUAAAACAGCUACGAUUGGCGGGUGAUCUCCUUAUGGAGUUGGGUGCUGGGGUAGAGUUGGCAACUGCAGCUGUUCCACACCUUUUUCUGCCUUUGGCUUGUGCUGCAAAUGUUGCCAAGAAUGUUGCUGCGGUAACGUCAACAUCAACCCGCACACCAAUUUACAAAGCCUUUGCUAAAGGAGAAAACAUUGGAGAUGUCACUGCUAAAGGAGAAUGUGUUGGCAAUAUUGCUGAUCUGCUGGGAACUGGACUGAGUAUCAUGAUCUCCAAAAGAAAUCCGUCACUGGUGACCACAUUUGCACUCCUUUCAUGUGGAUAUGUCUUAAGUUCUUACCAAGAGGUAAAGUCUGUAGUGUUGCAUACAUUGAAUCGUGCUAGAUUUUCUGUGGCUAUAGACUCUUUCCUUAAGACAGGGCGAGUACCCUCAUUGGAGGAGGGCAAUAUGAAGGAAAACAUAUUCAGUUUUCCAUGGUUGGAAGAUAAACCUAUUGUUCUUGGAUCCAGAUUUAAGGAUGCUUUCCAAGAUGCUGGUUCAUAUCUCUCCAUAGAGCCUCUGUUUGAGAAAGAGAGAUAUCUAGUGACAUAUAAUCCUUCGAAGGGUAAAGUGUAUGCGUUACUGAAGGAUCAGGCAAAGUCAGAUGACAUUCUAAAAGCUGCUUUCCAUGCGCAUAUGCUUCUGCAUUUUAUUGUUUCAUCAAAUGGGAGUGAAUCUUUUCCUACGAAGCAGCAGGACUAUGAUUCUACACAUCUUAUGCCCUCAACUGCUGAUCUUGCAGCUCAUAUUGCGGAAUCAUGUAAAAUGGUCUCCACUUCGUAUGGCCUUUUCAAGAGUAAAGCUGCUGAACAGGGGUGGACAAUGUCGGAAUCACUUCUUAAUCCUGGCCGAGCUCGGCUUGUAUUAACUGGUUAACUGGAAAGUUAUGUUCAAAACUCUUAAAUUUCCAUUCCGAGUUGGGCAUGCCAUACCAAGUGCUGAGACUACCACUGAUACUCUCAAACUGUUCCACAAACAAAAUCAUGAAGGCAUGGAAUGAAAGUGCACAUUACACCAAUGGGACCAUGGGAACCAUGGCAUUAUAAAGCUGGUCAGUUCUCUGUAUUGAGCACCCAAUUCUGUCUCAGUUCAUGCUCUCUGCUCAAUCCAAUACAUAUUAACUGCUUUUGCCUGCCUCCUAUAUGCCGCCACAACUUCAGACGAAACAGGCUGUUAUUAUGAAUGUAAUACUACACAAAUACACAUCAACUUCAUUUGGUCUUUUGAAUAGGUUUUGGAGGUCUUCUGGUUUGUGCCCUUCUUGUUUUAGGGUUUUGGGGUUUUAAGGUUUCUAUUUUUGCCAAUUUUCCUCCUUUGAAGUUUUAACCCACUUUGCCUUGUUAUGUUUAGAGAGCAAUGUAACCUUUUUUCUGAUAUCAAUGAUAUUCUUCUUUACCCAAA